GUCACUCGGAGCCGCGGGUCCCGGCCGGACAGGUCUUUUCUGUUGGUUGAAAUGUCUAUGAUUCUGUCUGCCUCAGUAAUUCGUGUCAGAGAUGGACUGCCACUUUCUGCUUCUACUGAUUAUGAACAAAGCCCAGGAAUGCAGGAGUGCAGAAAGUAUUUUAAAAUGCUCUCGAGGAAACUUGCUCAACUUCCUGAUAGAUGUACACUGAAAACUGGACAUCAUAACAUUAAUUUUAUUAGCUCUCUGGGAGUGAGCUACAUGAUGUUGUGCACUGAAAGUUACCCAAAUGUUCUCGCCUUCUCUUUCCUGGAUGAGCUUCAGAAGGAGUUCAUUACUACUUAUAAUGUGAUGAAGACAAAUACUGCUGUCAGACCAUACUGUUUCAUUGAAUUUGAUAACUUCAUUCAGAGGACCAAGCAGCGAUAUAAUAAUCCCAGGUCUCUUUCAACAAAGAUAAAUCUGUCUGACAUGCAGACGGAAAUCAAGCUGAGGCCCCCUUAUCAAAUUUCCAUGUGUGAACUGGGGUCAGCCAAUGGAGUCACAUCUGCAUUUUCUGUUGACUAUAAAGGUGCUGGUAAGAUUUCUUCUGCUCACCAGCGACUGGAACCAGUGAGUCUGUCAGGGAUUGUGGCAUUUAUCCUUAGUCUUUUAUGUGGAGCUCUGAAUUUAAUUCGAGGCUUUCAUGCCAUAGAAAGUCUCCUGCAGAGUGAUGGUGAGGAUUUUAAUUACAUCAUUGCAUUUUUCCUUGGAACAGCAGCCUGCCUUUACCAGUGUUAUUUACUUGUCUACUACACCGGCUGGCGGAAUGUCAAAUCUUUUUUGACUUUUGGCUUAAUUUGUCUAUGCAACAUGUAUCUCUAUGAACUGCGCAACCUCUGGCAGCUUUUCUUUCAUGUGACUGUGGGAGCAUUUGUUACACUACAGAUCUGGCUAAGGCAAGCCCAGGGCAAGGCUCCUGAUUAUGAUGUCUGACACCAUCCUUCAGACAUAUUGUCUUGCUUCAGGGGGAAAAGGAGGGAACGUAUCUUAACUGCCACUGUGAUGAAGAAACUAUUCACCACAAAUGAGAAGCUCUGCUUCCUUUCUCUCCAUAUUUUCUUUUUAAAAAUCCACACGGCAUGCCUAUGGGCAUGUAAGACCUGCUAGGAAAACUCCUCUCAGAAGAAUGUUGGCCGUGAGAUUACUAUUCAGAGAAGGGCCAUAACAGUGGAAGAACAGUCAGAUGCCACUGGAAGACCUGGCCAGCAGUCCUGAAUCCCUGCUGAAGAGUUUGAUCAAAAAUAGAUGUGGUACUUGCUAUGAGGACCAAGCAGGAACUCACAACCUGAGUUUGCCUUUGUGAGGCAUUAGUAUAGACCAAAUAAAAAGAUGCUGCAGAAAUUGGAAAGUUUAUGUUUUAAACAAAUGACUGUGCCAAAUGUCAGAUUAUUUGCACAUUUAUGGUACCUAGAGUUUAUGAAGUCCAGGAUGGUGUGGAAUUGGUUCUUUCACUUGUAUAUUUUUGCUAGAAUCUUAACUCCGGAAAUCACCUGAUGUGUAGGAGAAGGCUAUGGUAAGCUCAUGUCCGGAACACCACAAAUAUUGGAAAUACAGUGAUGUAUGUUUCCUUUCUAGACCGCAUUUGUCAUUUCUUUUGAAAUCACUUUUUAAAAAUAUGAUUCGUUAUACUACAGCCAUUGUUUCCCAAACUUUAAUCACCUGUGUACCGCAUACACUAUUAUUUUUUUAAUAUUUAUCUUUUAAAUUUUAAAGUAUUUUAAAAAGAAAUGAAUCUCCCUCCAGGUGGAAAACCAGUAUCAGUUUGCCAUAAGUAAAAGGAAACCACAAAAUCAGCAAAAUUAACACAUAGAAUGUUACUAAGUUUUAGUUAACACUAAUGCCUGCCAAGGCUCUGAAUCUAAGAGACCUGCUUGUUCUUUGUGACAGUGAGAGAGCUGUUAUCCAGCACCAGAAUGAGGCUCGGUCUGUGGAAUAAUCAGAGGAUGAAAGAAAAAUGUGAAGGGAAUGACAUUCUCACUGUGAUUCAGUGUUAUGUAAUUCUGUGUUGCACACCACCUAAAAUCUGUGUGCCACCAGUGUCAUGGGUCCUGGGCUAUGGAAACACUGGACUGUACUAAGAGAAUCAGAAGGUGAUUUUCCUAGCAUCUCUUAUUAUUUUAUGGCUUUGAGAAGUUAAGCACCUAGUAUCUGAGAAAACUUACUUGCUUUUUGAUACCAUUAUAAAGAUUGUUCAAGCAGUUAUGAGUCAAUAAUAUAGGAAGCACAGUUUGAUUCUAUUAGCAAAAUCUACUACUCUCCUAGUUUUGGAAGUCAUAACCAUGAGUAAUUUUCCUUUGUUUUUUAAAUAAAAGAUUCCAAACAAGGAACUCAUAGGCUACUGAAAUUUGACAUCACCCAGAAAAACAGUGGACCCCAUUACAUUGUAAUUCAUGUUACUGGACAUAUUUAUUAAGUAGAAGAAAUAGUCUAGAGGAUAAAAUCAUUGAACUGCCUUGUUUUCCUGAACCCCAGUAUAUGUGAGGGUAUGUCUAGAACUAUUCAGUCUUGCUUAACUGGAAACUUUGUCUGCACUAUCCUUUUUAGAAGAAUGAGGUAAAAGGAAGACAAUAAGUUUAUGAUAUCAGGGAUUUCUCUAAAACAAGAAACUCCAAUUUACUCCAGUUUUCUGCCUCUAACAGGCUGCACAGAAAUUAUGUGUAUUCUGAGAGAUACUCCAAGCUAUCACAUGAUUCUAAAUCAUCAAAACAACGUUGAAUUAUGUUUAGUGUUUUGUAUUUACUGAGCUAGGAAAGUGAAGUGGUUCAGUUUAGAAAGGUUUUCUAGACUAAUGGUUAAAACAAAGAGUUUUCUUGUAAAUUGUCAAUUAACCAGGAAGCUGGAGCAUUCUGGUUAAUUGUGAUUUUGCUAUGUGUUAAUAUUUCAUAGCUCUCUUACUGGUUUGGUUCAGGAGCUAUCUCUUUAUCAUUGAAUUAAUGAGUUAUAAUGUUUGAUAUUUGGAUCCAUUGAGCAAGAACACUUGAAAACUCCUCACCAGCUAUUUUUAAAGGCUUAACUUGUUUUUUGUUUUGUUUUUUUCACUAGCUAUUUUGGAUAAGAGGAUGUUUACAUCUUAAUGUAAAAAAUGAAGACAGGUAUAAAUAAUGUUUUAUGUACAGAAAUGCUUUCUUUCAUUAUUUGGUGCCUGCAUCUCUGAGUGUUAUGUAGCUUCCU